ACACUUACACGCACACACACACACACUGGCAACAAAUGAGGACGAUGCCCAGGACACACCUGAUUGGCCUGCUGCAGCGUCUGAUGUCAUCCCUUGUAGGUGGGCAUGACGACUUUGCAAUAGAAGGCAUAUAGAUAAGAGUGAAAAGGCUAUCUUCAAGUGAGCACGAACACACAGGGAGCCCGAGAACACUGUCAAUCGAAGUGUUACACUGUACAAGAACAGAAGGGAAAGAGAAAGAUCUGAGGAGGGGCGUGCGAGCAAGCAACUGACAGAGGAGAACAGGUUCGAGUGAGAAGCAAGGACGCUUAUCCGGAGUGGGAAGCCGAGAAAAAAAGAGGACAGGAAGGGGAUCAUCGAGGAGACCAGAGAACAACAAGGAAGAGGUGCCGUUGACCCAGAGGCCGAAAGAAGAGAAGCAGGCCAUCCUGAGAGCCGUGUGUGAGAGUGUGCCAUGGCGUCGUUCGCUCUGGAGCUGGUCGGUGUCCUUCUGUCGGUGCUGGGCUGGGUGCUGAGCGUGGUCAGCUGCGCUCUGCCAAUGUGGAGGGUUUCCGCUUUCAUAGGGGCCAAUAUUGUCACCGCUCAGGUCUACUGGGAGGGUCUGUGGAUGAGUUGCGUGGUCCAGAGUACGGGCCAGAUGCAGUGUAAGAUCUACGACUCCAUGCUGGCCUUGCCCCAGGACCUGCAGGCAGCCAGAGCUCUCUCGGUGGUCUCCAUCAUUGUGGGGUUGUUGGCUCUCUUGGUUGCCAUGGUGGCGGCCAAGUGCACCAAUUGUAUUGAGGAGGAAGGUGUGAAAGCCAGGGUGAUGGUGGCCUCCGGCGUUGCCUUCAUCCUGGCCGCUCUGUCUCAACUGGUCCCCGUCUCCUGGUCUGCCCACACCAUCAUCAUCGAGUUCUACAGCCCCAUCAUUCACUCGUCUCAGAAAAUGGAGAUCGGCGCCGCAUUGAUGUCGAUGGGCUUGGAGAUUGUGGGCAUCGCCCUGGGAGUCAUAGGAUUCAUCAUUGCCAUCGUGGUCUGUGCCCUGCCUAUGUGGAGGGUCACAGCCUUCAUUGGAUCCAACAUCAUCACCGCCCAAGUGAUCUGGGAAGGUCUGUGGAUGAACUGUGUGACCCAGAGUACAGGCCAGAUGCAGUGUAAGAUCUACGACUCCAUGCUGGCCUUGCCCCAGGACCUGCAGGCAGCCAGAGCCAUGAUUGUCGUCUCCAUCAUCCUCGGGGUUCUUGGGGUCCUCAUCUCCAUAGUCGGGGCCAAGUGUACCAACUGCAUCGAAGACGAGGCCUCCAAAGCUAAAGUGAUGAUCAUCUCUGGGAUUUUCUUCAUUCUGGCUGGUAUCCUGGUCCUCAUUCCUGUUUCCUGGUCAGCCAGCUCUGUCAUCCGUGACUUCUACAACCCCCUCCUGAUCGAAGCCCAGAGAAGGGAGCUGGGGGCGUCUCUCUACAUCGGCUGGGGGGCCGCCGCCCUGCUCCUGAUCGGGGGGGCCCUGCUGUGCACCUCCUGCCCUCCCAGUGAGAAGAGGUACAAGCCCCCACGGAUGGGCUACUCUGCCCCCCGCACCGUGAGCGGGGGGGCAAUGGGAUACGACAGAAAGGACUACGUCUGAAGGAAAGGCAGCUUCACCCCCACCAGCCUGAUGUUGGGAUGGAGAGAAGAUGCGGAGAAGAUGGAAACGAAGGCAUUUCUAUACUGCACAUGCAUUUGCUGUCUGAGAAGACAUACAGGGCUGAAAGGUCCUGACUAGACUCCGAUAUGAAGGGAUGAGUAUUGGGUUGAUUGCUUGGCUUUUCCUUGGGAGUGCAUGCAUGUUCAUUGUCAAUGUUGUAGGGCCAAAUGCUGUACAUUUGUGUUAGUAGAAGCUGUUAAUGCAAAGGCUACUUGUAUAAUCCAUUGUACUGUAAUUCAUCUCUUCUGUGAAACACAGAGAAGGAAAAAGAAAAAAACUUUUGUUGCUUUAGUUAAGCCUUCAACCUUUAGUUUUAUGUACAUAUGAGAAGAAAUUAUUGCAACCCUAAAGUUGUAUUAAGUCAUGAAAUAUGUUUGAGCUUCUUUUGUGUCGUUAGUAGCUUUUGGCAGAAUGGUAUGAUGUUUCACAAAUGUUUUCAGUUAAAACUCUGUUUUUCUGAUAAUGGCAAGGAAGCACUAGUUUUUUUGUUUUUUUUACAUGGAUUUGGUUAUGUGAUUGUGUGUGUGUACGUGUAAGUGUGUGUGUACCUGCACCCGUUUGUGUACUUUGCAUGUAUUUGGUUGUAUGUAUUUGGUUAUGAUAGAUUCUGCAGAGACAGAAACUGAAGAUGAUAAGCCUCAGGUCGUGACAUUGUAGAUGCCUCUUCCUCUUUGCAGUUUCACUCUUCUACUUAGGAACUGGCUGCAGUGUGUGUUGUGUGAAGCACUGAAUGUGUUUUUAUGGUGAUGGUAUUAUUUUACUUUCUGUUGUUUUUUUCUUUAAAAAGCAAAUGUGCUUUACUGUAUGUGAAGCAUAUUUUCCUGUUUUUUUUGUAAUAUAUUUUCCUGUAAAUUGUGUUGGGCUUUUGUGCACCAUAAGUUGUGAAUAGAUGACUACUGCCAUUGUAUAGUGGUGUUGCUACAGUAAUUUGAGAAAUUGAGGGGGUAGUCCAGACCUCUCGCAAACAAUGGAACCAAAGGAAUUGUUUGGUAAUGAGGAGUGGUAGUUACAAUAGUACCUCACAGGUGCAUUUGAAUAUGUAUGGUUGUGUUUGUAUGAUGUGCGUGUCUUUGUAGGAUGUGUGUAUCUGUGUGUGGGUUUGUGUGCGUGUGUGUGUGUAAGGGUGUCUUUUUAUGGUAUGUGUAUGUGGGCAUAUGUGUGUCCUUGAAUUUUAUGUUACACAUUUACACUUUUAAUGUACAAAAGCAAAAUUAACACAUUUUACUAUUUAUUGGAUUACUACCAUUUCAAUUCCUCUCUUUUUCAAUACAUUUGUUAUGGUUUGGUAUACAAUAGUUCACAAUUCAGUUGUCUUUAUUUUAAGCCAGAUCACAAUAAAGAUUUAAAGGUUAA